GCUUUCACAAUUCUAUUUGCUGUUUCCAGCCACGUAUCCAUGAUUGCCUUGGCGCUUGCGGUGGUGGCGAGUGCCGCGUUCGUGCAGGCUGAGACCAUUGCCAACUGGGGCGUCCAAGACUACUGGGUGCACACGUCGACGUGGACGCCCGAGCACUGCCAGUGCUUUUGCGAGCGUCUCUGCUCGCACCCGACCGAGUUUCUCAAGCGCAACCUUGUCUCGUCCGGCCUCGUACCGCGCAACAAGGACUGGACCAUUCCACGCUGCGACGCGCCCAUCAACCUCUUUAGCCCCGACGCCAUCCGAGCGGCCGGGCGCGACAACUUGGUCCAAUAUUUCCCGCUCACAAUGACGCGGGACCUGGACCACAUGUGGGACCCGAACGCAACCGACCCGAUCAUGGACGUCACGAGCUUUGGGUAUCCCUGCGGCGGCCUCCACGAAGCUGCGUACCUCAAGACCGUGGUGCAAGUCGCCAAGUUUAUCAAGACGCCGGCGCUCCUUCCCAACAGCAUUGGCAAAAACAUCUCGACAAAGGCGAUCCGGGAUGCGUUUAAGAAGGAACAGAAGCUCGAUGUGGUCCUCCUCUGCACCAAUGGCGCGUUCGCCGACGUCAUUACGUGCUGGACCAAGUCCAAGCCACUCAUCUACCAGCAAGCGCAUGACGACCAGGAGAUUGCACCGCUUUUGCCCGUGACGUGCCCGCCCGCGAUCAAGGCGCUCGACACAUGCACGGGCAAGACGUCGUACAUUUAUGACUUUAUUCCGACAAAGGCACCGACGCCCGUGCCAACGGACGAACCCACCGACGGUCCGACGGACACGCCGACUUCGGGCCCGACGCCUGCGCCGACGUCCGACCCCGCGGUCGUCGACGCGUGGGUCGCCAAGUACACCAAGGACCACGGCUGCGUCCUCUUUGG